UUCCGCUUAGGUGACGUCGAAUGUUGUUGGCCGUGAUGGCGUCGUCCGCCGAGCAGAGUCUCCUGGAGCUCACCGACAAGGAAACCCGGGAGAAGCUGUCACACUGGGACCGUCGCGGGGACCCGAUGGCUCCGUUAACGGAGAAACAGACGGACUCGAUCCUCGAGAUCCGCGCAGCCGCAGAAGUCACGCUUCUCCCCGCGGAGCUGCCCAUCGAGGACAUCUGCGGCCUGACGUCUCGCUCGCUGCGCUCCUCGUUCACGGCGACGCUGCCCGAGUCCACCGAGGAGGUGCUUCUGCAGGGCUUUCAGGCGCUGGAGCUGGAGAACGAGCGGAUCGAGACGGCUCAGCAGUUCUUCUCCUGGUUCUCAAAGCUGCAGGUUCAGAUGGAUCAGGACGAAGCUUCCAAGUACAGGAAGACCCGGGAUGUUCUGAACGGUUAUCAGGAUCAGUGUGACGCUAUCCUGACGGACGUGAACGCUGCGCUCGAGCACCUGGACUCUCUGCAGAAGCAGUAUCUGUUUGUGUCCACUAAAACCGGGACGCUUCACGAGGCCUGUGAACAGCUGCUGAAGGAGCAGUCGGAGCUGGUGGAUCUGGCCGAGAGCAUUCAAGAGAAACUCUCAUAUUUUAAUGAACUGGAGAACAUGAACACGAAACUGAACUCCCCGACUCUGUCGGUGAACAGCGAGGGAUUCAUCCCGAUGCUCUCUAAACUAGACGAGUGCAUCGAAUACGUCUCGUCACACCCGAAUUUUAAAGACUACCCAGUCUAUCUGAGCAAGUUCAAGCAGUGUCUGUCCAGAGCCAUGCUCCUGAUUAAGAGCCACGCGGUCAGCACCCUGCAGAACCUCACGGCGCAGCUCUCCAAACGGGACCCGCUGGGCGCUCCCAACGCUGACAACGCCUUCACGCUCUACUACGUGAAGUUCAGAGCAGCGGCGCCCAAAGUUCGGAGGCUCAUUGAACAAGUUGAACAGCGUUCUGACAAAAUCCCAGAGUAUCAGCAGCUGCUGGAUGAGAUUCAUCAGUGUUAUCUGGACCAGAGGGAGGUUCUUCUCAGUCCCAGUAUAAACUCCACCAUCACAGAUCUCACCAGCCAGAACAACAAGGAUCACUGCGCUCUGGUUCGCAGCGGCUGUGCCUUUAUGGUCCAUGUGUGUCAAGACGAACACCAGCUUUACAACGAGUUCUUCUCCAAACCCACGUCCAAACUGGACGAGCUUCUGGAGAAACUCUGCCUGUCUCUGUAUGACGUCUUGAGACCUCUGAUCAUCCACGUGGUUCAUCUGGAGACGCUGUCUGAGCUCUGCGGCAUCCUGAAGAACGAGAUGCUGGAGGAUCACGUCCAAAACAACGUGGUCCAGCUGGCAGCGUUCGACGCCGUGGUGAAGCAGAUGCUGGAGGACGUUCAGGAGCGUCUGGUCUACAGAACACACAUCUACAUCCAGACGGACAUCAUCGGAUACAAGCCUGCGCCCGGAGACCUGGCCUACCCCGACAAGCUCCAGAUGAUGGAGAAAAUCGCUCAGAGUCUGAAGGAAGAGCAGAUGAAGCUGAUGUCGAGCAGCUCUUUCUCAGACGUGCAGCUGGAGGAGUCUGACCCUAAGAGGCUGGUCAGCUCUGAUCCUCGCUCUCACAGCACAGUUUCUCCGGCUGAUCUUCAUGGCAUGUGGUAUCCCACCGUCAGGCGCACGCUCGUGUGUCUCUCUAAACUCUACCGCUGCAUAGACAGGGCGGUGUUUCAGGGUCUGUCACAGGAAGCUCUGUCCGCCUGCAUCCAGUCUCUCCUCAAAGCCUCUGAAGUCAUUCAGAAGAACAAGACUCAGCUCGAUGGGCAGCUCUUCCUCAUCAAACAUCUCCUCAUCAUGCGUGAGCAGAUCGCUCCGUUCCACGCAGACUUCGCCAUUAAAGAGAUCUCUCUGGACCUGAAGAAGACCCGAGACGCCGCUUUCAAAAUCCUCAACCCCAAGGCCGUGCCCAACCUCUUCCGCCUCAACAGCCACAACGCCAUCCUCGAGUUCCUGCUGGAGGGCACGCCGGAGAUAAAAGAGCACUACAUCGACUCGAAGAAGGACGUGGACCGCCACCUGAAGUCCAGCUGCGAGCAGUUCAUUCAGCAGCAGACGAACACGUUCGUGGGGAACCUGGAGGAGUUCCUCGCCAAGGUGGCGGCGUUAAAAACGAUGGCCGUUCAAGGAGGACCGACGUACAACCUCUCACAGCAACCCUGGGCUCAGCCGGCCAAAAUCAAUGACAUGGUGAUGUCCACGUAUCGCAUCCUGAAGAACAAGCUGCCCUCCACCUUACAGAGCAUGUCUCUAUACCUGGCCAAUAGAGACACGGAGUUCAUCCUCUUCAAGCCCGUCAGGAACAACGUCCAGCAGGUGUUCCAGAGACUGCACGCGUUACUGCAGGAGGAGUACAGCGGUGAAGACCUGCAGAUCAUCGCCUGUCCCUCCAUCGAGCAGAUAAAUCUGCUGCUGUCCGUGAAAUAGCCCUGACUCCACCCUCGGACCGCGUCGGGAAAAGAGUCGGAAAUGAUUCCCAAAGCUUCCAGAAGAUUCUGGAGAUGAACUCGUCUAGAGACGGAGCGCGAGCCGCCCCGAGUCCCGAACACUAAACACACCGCUGGUGCUGCGUCCGCUGCUUCUGUUCAGCAGUGAUACCAAAUCGGUUUGUACAGAUUGAGAUGAACUGAAGACACACACCGGCACUGACACAUAUCAUCCUCUAGGAGGCGCCGUGUGUUUGAGACAGACUUCUCAAGGAUUAAAGGAACGCUCCACUCCUUCUCCAACUCCCCCCGAGUUAAGUUUUUGAAUCCGUUCGGCCGAUCUCCGGGUCCGGCGAUUAGCUCUUUUAGCGUAGCUUAGCAUAGAUCAUUGAAUCCGAUUAGACCGGUAGCAUUGCGUUCAAAAAUCAGCAGACUCUUUUCUGUCGGCCUAUCAAAAUCGCUACUUUUCAUUUUUUCCGCCGGUCUUAGCACACGAUACAAAAAAAGUCACUUUUUAAAUGGGGAAAAUAUCAAAACUCUUUGGUGAUGCUACCGGUCUAAUCGGAUUCAAUGAUCUAUGCUAAGCUACGCUAAAAGUGCUAUCGCCGGACCCGGAGAUCGAUUCAAUGGAUUCAAAAACGGUCAAACUCAACUUAUGAACUCUGGGGGAGUUGGAGAAUGAGCCUAUUUCAUAAAAAAUGGAGUGUUCCUUUAAGGAACAGAUAUGAGCGCUAAUAACUGUACAGGUGAAGGAAAUUAUGUGCAUAACAUAUUUAUUAUUUUUUUAAAGGAGUAUUUCACUGGGGAAAUGUGAAUUCUGUUAUUAUUUAGUCACUCUCAUAGUCAUUUAAAGGGACGCUUCAUCCAAAAAUCAAUCCCUAAACACAAAAGAACCAAAAUACUUUCGGCUCCCAUUGACUUCCAUUAUAUUUUUGGCGACACAAUGGAAGUCAAACACGAACCGAAGCUUUCUUUUGUCUUCCACAGAAGUAAGUCAUACAAAAUGACCGUUUUAAAACCUGCACGCUACCCCUUUUUUUCUCUGAGGAAGUCAAAAGAGGAUUGUUUGAGGAAUGUUCAUGCAGCUCUUUUACGUGCAUGUUUACGGUCGAUAAAAACCCGUAAAGCAUCCAUAUGACUUAUAUAUUCAUUAUAAUAUGCAUUCAGUUCCAAGCUUUAAACAUCCACGGAGGCGUGGAAUGAUAUGAGGGUGAGUUAAUAAUAAGAUUUCAUAUUAAGCUGAAUUAUUAAGUUGCUCUGUAUGCGCUUCCUCGUUUUCUUCUUUCGUUCUGGGAGCUUCAGUUGCAUUUUGGGAGUUUAGUUCAUCAUCUUUCAAAAAUAUCAUAACUUUUUGGGCUUUUUGUACGUGAAUCUAUAAGUCUGAUAUGAGACCUGCUUCCUUUUUGAAAGGAACGAUCCUCUGUUUUGUUCUGUUGGGGUGAUUGUGAUGAAUUCAUAACUAAAGCUGAAGGUUUAUUACA